AUGGUUUUCAUUUCUCGACGGACAAGACGUCGUCUACGAUCUAUUCUCAUCCUUCUCCUCAUAUCUGUCUUCAUAGUCUACUCUAUACUCCCUCACGACUCAGCUAUUCGCCUCGCGUUAGUCUUCAAUGUUUCGCGCUUCUUCAACUUUCUGCGAGGAGCGACAUCAAACAAGGAUGCUUGGUUGUGGAAACCACCAAGAUACACCGUUGAUCUCAAAAACGACGUAGGAUACCUCAUCAAAACCGGCUAUGGGACGCGUCACAGGGUAGCUGAGCAGCUUGCUGCUUUCCAGGCGACGGGAGGCUACCUAGGAAAGGAAGGCGAGAGCUUUCUUGUUGUGGGAGAUUGGACAACUGUGAACCAGACAGACGCGAAUCUGAUCGGGGCGACAGUGCAUGAUGCUAUCAAAAGAGUUAUGGAGACCAAGAUCAGGGGCAAAAUUGAUGACUACCCAAGACUCGUCAAGUAUAGAAGUCUCCAGGCCAGGCUUCAGGCCGGAGAUGAGGAGGAAGCCCUGAAAAUUGGCCAAAGUUAUGGAUGGGAGCUUGAUGCACUCAAGUUCAUCAUGGGAAUGGAGAUGAUAUAUAACGAGUUACCCGGCAAGAAGUGGUACAUCAUAUUGGACGAUGAUACCUUCUUGAUCCGGCCGUCACUGGAGCUCCUCAUGGGCCAUAUUGACUAUCGAAAGCCCCUGUAUAUCGGGAACGCAGUAGGUGACUACAAGGCACGCUUCGGGCAUGGAGGAUCUGGCAUUCUGAUAUCUGGAGAGGCGAUGCGGCAAUUGUUUCAACAUCCGGGCAUCGUGCAAGAAGCCUACGCCGAGUCCAUGACUGAGACAUGGGGAGACCGCCUGGUGGCGACAACAUUACAGAAGCUGGGGAUCUACAUUGAAGAGGCGUACAAUCAUCAUUUCAACGGUGAACCUCCGUCAAUAACGCGCAUCUGGGGUGAUCGGUUUUGCUCACCCCUGGUUUCCUUCCACGGCUUGCGGAAACCUGGUGAGAUGCGCCGCGUCGGAGAGACCCUUGCGGAGGUAGACAAGCCGGUACUAUGGCACGACGUCUGGCAGUUAUUCGGGGGGUCAGCCAUAUCGGCGCUUGAGAGCCGGCCGACCGAGUUGAUGGCGGAUCAUGUGGGUAAACCGGACGAGCACACCCGCUCGUGGGGCGACGUCAGAAGUGCCAAUGCUUGCCAAAAACGAUAUAACGAGAUGUUUCUGUCGAGUAACGAGAACAGGGAAGCUCGUGGUGAUCAACACUGGGGUCCAGUUGUGUUGCCUAAGGUUCAAAACAGUGUCGAAAACUCAGCGUUGGCGUGA